AUGUCAAAUCUUUUUACAGUUGCCUGCCUGUUGCCGCUGCCUCAUGCCACGGCCGGUGGCAAGCACAACCACAGCGGUGUCAUUGCAGACGCCGAGCUAAGCGCCUCGGAGCGUAAUCGUCGCUUGAUACCCUAUAUGGCCUUCUAUUUGCCCGCACCCGAGCUGCCCAUCAAUCAGCAAUAUGCUGUCAAGCAUGCCUCAGCCGCCGGUGGCUCACAGCUGCUGCCGCCCGCCGCCGCUGCCGCAGCACCCAGUCGCAUUCCGGUGCCCGUUGCCUACAUGCCACAGACGCAUCCACAGCAGCCGCAUCAUCAGACGCCGCAUUAUCAGUCGGGCGCAGCGGACGUGUAUCAUACGCUGGCGGUGCAGCAUGGCCCGUUGCCACCGCUGUCACCUGUGCACGGCAAGGAGACGCCAACGCCGGGCGCCACAUUUAUUGCCUACAAGCCAUUGAGUCCAACGCACAAGCACAAGACGGUGCAGCAUUUUCCGCCGCUGCCACAGCAGGAGCAGCAAGAGCACCCCCAUCACCAGCAACAACUACAGCAACAUCAGCAGCAGCCGGAGCCACUGCAGCAGCAGUACGAGUUGCUGCCACCGCCUCCGCAGCUACAGCUGCAGUUUCCGCGGCAGCGUGGCAAACAAUCAAAAGUCAAUUUAACGCCGUUUACAGCGCAGAAUACGCUGCCGGGACACUUUAUACCCAUUAUUUAUACGCCGCUGAGCAAGCCGAACAGCAACAGCAACAACAACAACAACAACGACAACAAUGAGCUGCAUAAUGGCAAUACAAUCAAUUACAACAAAAAGCAGUCGCCAUCGGAAAUUGUCUACCAUAAACAUUCGCAUCAAACACAAAUUGUUACGGAUUAUGCAGGAGAUGUGCCCUCAGCAGCCGGAGUUGCCGCCUCGCCGGAUUCGCAGUCAUCGGGGGAGGAGUCGCAGCCGGAGGAGGCGGUGCAUGCGACGCCGAGCAUUGGCUAUAGCGUGUACAAUGAGCCAGCCGUUGUGUCAUCAGCCUCUGCCACCACAUCAGCCACUUCAUCGAAAUCCACAAAAACCGCAUUGAUAGUACACCAAAAGUCGCCGGCAUAUGGACACGUGAGCAAAUACGAGAGUUACUUCAACAUGUCGCCGGAUCAGCAGCAGCAGCAGCCACAGCAGCUGACGCCGCAGGAGAAGUACGUGCUCUACUUGCAACAGCGCAUGAAGCAGCAACGGCAGCAGCAACAGCAGGAGCGCUUGCUACACCAUCAUCAUCAACAUCAUCAACAACAACAACAACAACAGCUGGCGCAAAGCAAUACGAAAGCUGGCAAACAUCCACACAGUCACCCACAUACGCCAACUGCAGCACCACCUGCACCACCAUUAUCACCAUCCCACCACAGUCAGUUACACAAUUACAAUGGGCUUUUCGUGCGCCCGGAGGCAGCACAGACAGCGCAGCAGCAACAGGUGCUGCAUAUUCCAUUGCGCGCCCUCAUGGGUCAACUGCAUGAGCAGCCAAAGGACUCGCUGCUCGGCUCACCCGCGCCGCCCCACUUCAUCGAUUACCUCAUCGAUGGACCGCGUCAGUCUCUAGACGAGGAGCAGCAGCAACAACAGCAGCAGCAACAACAGCAGCAGCAGCAGCAGCAGCAGCAGCAGCAGCAGCAACAGCUGUCGCAUCAGGAACACUCUCAAGUCGCACCCUCGCAUGCGCCACAGCACGCCUACAUUUUGGUAACCACCUCAGCGCCCUACACGGAGCAUUCGCAGCCACCCCGAUUGCCUGAUUUACAACCCACCCGUGCACCUGUGCUAUACAAACAUCAGCCCACGUUGCGACUGCAACCGGUGACGCCUGUGCACAACUACCAGGCCACCCGGCGGCCCGUCUAUAUAAGUCCGCCCACUCCCAGCGAGACGGUCAAGAUUACGCCCAAGUAUGUCUAUGUGACCAGUAAGCCGCGGCCGUCGCCGCCGCCACCAUCUGUCCACAGCGAGUCGCCCCAAGCGCCGCCUGUUAAGCUCAAACCUAUCCCCAAAUACACGCCAGAGCGUCCGCCUGCUUCGGCACGACCAAGUCAGGUGUUCGCCACGCCGGAUGAUGCCGAUCAGCUGCCCGAUAUACGCACCUCCUCGCUGGCAGAGAUUCUGCAUAAGCUGCAGGCGAGCAACCACCUGCCGCAAACCCUCACACCCGAUAACAUAGACAACUCCAUCAAGACGCUCAUACGCAUCCUGCAAAAUCUGAAGCAGACCCAAACAAUUGUACCCAACCCUCCCCAGCAUCAUGAGACGAAACACAGCAGCAGCAACAGCAACAGUCCCGACUAUGAUUACAACACGGGCAGCGAAGAGGAGCAGCAGCACACGCCGGCAAAAGUGGCGGGCAAUGUCGAUGCGGAUCUGCUGCAGCUGAGCGGACCAAAUAAACAUCCGGGUCCUAGCACAGGACGUGCCGGCAUUGAUUAUCCCAACUACGCGGAAAUUCCAAAGACAAGCUUCGAGUGCACGCAGCAGCGUUACAAGGGUUUCUUUGGCGAUCCGGAGACCAAUUGUCAGGUGUGGCACUAUUGUGAUCUCAAUGGAGGCAAAGCCUCAUUCCUAUGCCCCAAUGGCACCAUCUUUAGUCAGAUUGCGCUGACCUGCGAUUGGUGGUUCAACGUGAAGUGCUCAACCACUUCCCAAUUAUAUGUGCUAAAUGAGCGUCUGUACAAGUAUAUACUGCCCUUUAAUCCUAAAUUCCCCGAGGAUUACAAUGGACCCAUUGUGGAUAAAUAUCUGGCCAUGAAGUUCCAGGAAAUGGAGGAGAAAAUGCGCCUGGAUAAGCAGCGCAAGGCCAAUCAGCAGGCGGAAAAGCCGGCAGCCCGCGACGAGGCCUCCACGCCCGCAUUGCCCAAGAACCACAAGCCGUCACCGAAGCACGGUAGCGGCAUCAAUGCUCAGGUCUAUGAGCAGAGCUCGGAGCGCAAUCUGCUCAUCGAUGAUGAGAUUGAUGACAUCUCGGAGCGCGGCACCUACGACACAUACGGCCAGGCGCCAACCACUAUAAUAGCGCCCAUAACAACAACAACGGGCCAGGACACGCAAACGCUUGGCCUGAGGCCCAUUGUGGUAUCUUCCACACCGGAGCCAGAGCUGGAGCUGGAGCCGGAGUCGGAGCCACUGCCAGGUGCCGAUCCCGAGCUGGAGGCGGACACUGAGCUGGAUGGCGAUACGCCAGAGAGCAGUGAGGAGGUGAACAAGCUGCAAAUUUUGCGGGACACAAAUACGGCCGCCGGCCAAAAACAGCUCGAGACGACAAAAGUAAGCGUCGAGAAGCUGGAGGUGAUUGAGAUUAAAACGGACGGCACAACCGGACACCUAAUGCCCAUUGUCAGUGGCAUGGCGGAGAGCAGUGAGCAGGCGAGAAAGUGACGGGGGGAGCAACAAUAAGAGAGCAAUAAGCCUGGUUGGGAAUGCUUGCCAUAUUUGUAAUGAGAGUUCUUGUACUUGUUCGUUUGUUGAUUUUUGGACGCCUUUAAAUUAUUCUUAGCGAGCGAUUACUGUAAAUAGCUAAACUGUAAAUGAAACAAUAACUAUCUAUAUACUAUACCUAUAGAAAAACAAUUAGAUAUAGCAUGUAAUUAAAAUAAAGACCCAAGUAUUAAGUAAA